CGGCGGGAGACCACAUGACACAGCUCUCCGUGGUGUCAGAGUGGAAGAGAAACAGGUAGACUUCGGCUGUUGUAACGUGUUAUGACGGGGGGGAACCAACUUUCGUGUGCUGAGUUUUUUUUUUCUCGUGGGGAAGUCGGGAGAGGACGAUCGAGCUUGUUGUGUUCAAAAUAUAGCGUCUGGCACGGUCGAGAAACUACACUUGUCGACCGGUAUCUUGUCCAGACUGGAGCCGGGUUCCUGGUGUGAUUCCUUGUAAAUAACUUGUUUGUUUGUAUAUACUGUAAAUGAUGACGUCCAUGGGCGGAAACCGAGCCCGGGGCAGCUGGGAACAGACGCAGCAAGGCCAGACGCAGGGUCAGACACAGCACAAGCAAAGGCCUCAGGCCACCGCAGAGCAGAUCCGACUAGCGCAGAUGAUUUCAGACCACAGCGACGCAGACUUUGAAGAGAAGGUCAAACAGCUGAUUGACAUCACGGGCAAGGACCAGGAUGAGUCUAUGAUCGCGUUGCACGACUGCAACGGUGACAUCAACAGAGCCAUCAAUGUGCUUCUGGAAGGCAGCCCAGACACUGACUCGUGGGAGAUGGUGGGGAAGAAGAAAGGUAUGUCGUGCCAGAAGGAGCCCAACCAGCCGGAGAGUGGAGAGGACGGGAAAGAGAACAGGGAGAAAGCGGAGAAGGAAGCGGCUCGUCGGCGAGGGGGAGCUCCUCGCAGGGCCCGCGCUACAAUAAGAGGGCGAGAGUUUCGCGGUCAAGAGAACGGCUUGGACGGAGGCAAGGCAGCAGUGAUGGGUAGGGGCGCGGAGCGAGGCCGCAGGGGGCGCGGACGAGGAAGAGGAACGCUCGGAGCGAUGGGGCGGCGAGGAGGCCGAUUCUCAGCGCAGGGCAUGGGAACCUUCAAUCCCGCCGACUACACGGAAGCGAGUCAGACCGAUGAAAACUACGGCGGAGGAAGCACCUGGAACAACACGGGUGGCGCGGAGACGGAAGAAGGAGCUCGGUUGGAAUACUCUCCGGGAGAAGGAAUGACUUACCCGCCCAAGUUUGACACCGCACCUGGUGCCUGGAGGACACCCGCAGAAGAAUGGGGCACCGAGGACUGGAAUGAGGAUUUGUCCGAGACCAAGAUAUUCACCGCUUCCAGCGUGGCAACCGUUCCUCCACCACAGGAGAAUGUCACCAUCACCAAAGGACAGAGGAUUGACCUGGCGGUGCUCUUGGGGAAGACUCCCCCGUCGUCCUCGUCCGAAACGGAAGCCCGACCCGCGGAGGCCGCGCAGCCCCCCUCCUUGCCCCAGUCGCUGGUUUUCAGCAACUCCAAGCAAGCGCCCGCCGUCCCCCAAAGCGCCUCCUCCGCCGCCCCUUACGCCCAGCACAGCAUGGUCAGCAUGCUGAACAAGAGUUUUGGAGAGGUAGCGGAGCAGAAAGCCGGGACCGGCGGCACCACCGGCGGCACCACCACCGGCGGCACCACCGGCUCCCAGUUCCUGGAGCAGUAUAAAACCGCCCAGGCGCUGGCUCAGCUGGCCGCGCAGCAUUCCCAAACGAAUGCCAACCCCCCAUCUUGGGACAGCGGCGCCAACUCUCGGCCACAGUAUGAUAUGAAGACUCGGCCAGAGUCGGCCGUCCACGCGGCCUUUGCGAAGCGCCCGCCCUUCCAGGCCCCCGCCACCACGUCGUCCAUGUUGGAAGUUUUCCUGCCUCCUUCCGCCUCCUCCUCCGCUUCCACCUUGCCGCUGCAAACGACGUCCUCGCCGCACGCCGUCCCGCCGCCCGCCUCCUCCCUUCCCAAGAUGGCGUCCGUCACGUUGCCGGCUCAGCAGGUUUCCCCGAGUUCCUCCAACGCGCGAGGCUCCAGCCCGCUGCCUCUGCAACAGCACAAACUCAGGCCGCAGAAGAAGAGGACCUCCAUUGCAACAAAGAUUCCGGCAACGGCGGUGGAAAUGCCCGGCUCGGCGGACAUCUCCGGGCUAAACCUACAGUUCGGAGCGCUGCAGUUCGGCUCGGAGCCGACGCCGCCCGAGUACGAAUCGGCCUCCUCCGACGCGGCGCCGCUCAACCCGAUGCAAAACAGUCUCUACUCCGCCCCCAACAGCGAGUCAACUCCGGCUCUUUCCAACUCCAGCCAGAUGGACGUGUACGAGCAGAGAGCAUCUCAGACGCGACGUUACCCCCCCUCCGUCUCCUCCUCCCCGCAGAGGGACGCGCAGCCCAAGAAUGGCUUCGGUUCACUGCAAGCGGCGCAAUCUGCGGAAGCUGCGGCGGGUUCUGCAGUCGCGGUCAAGUCCACGUCGGACACGCCGGCGGUCGCCCUGACGGACGGCGGCUCCGGUCCGGCCUCCCUGCUGACGGCACCCAAUCAGGCGCCGCCGGGCGCCCCGGGGCAGGCCGGCGAGCUGGCGCCGAGCGCCGUCCCGCCUCCUCAGCACAAUAGUGCCCUCUCGUCACAGCAGAACAGCCUCGCUUCGUCUUCAGGUCGAACAUCCAACUCCAGCUUGCUGCACCCCAACAUGGAUGGUGACUCCAGCCUCCACUCUUCCUCCUCCUUCCCUUCCGUCUCGGCCGUGUCGUCGGUGCCGCCCUCCUCCGCCUCCUCCUCGGCCACCGGGGCGCAGGUGUCCCUGGGGGCCGCGGUCUCUGCCCCGUCUGGCCUCGGCUCCGUCGGCAACAUGCCCGUGGGCAUCGCUGCGGCUUCUAUGGGUGUGCAGGGCGUGGCCUCGUCCCCCGCCGCCGUCUCCAUUUCUGGGGCGGCCUCCGCCGCUCCCUCCUCAGUGACUUCUUUGUCAUCGCGCAGCUCUGCAGCACCCUCAGGGAAAGCGCCUCCAAAUUUGCCCCCGGGAGUGCCUCCUCUGCUACACAAUCCAUACAUCAUGGCACCGGGACUACUGCAUCCCUAUCCGACUCAGGUGUACGGCUACGACGACCUGCAGAUGCUGCAGACACGAAUACCGUUGGAUUAUUACAGCAUUCCCUUUGCAACCCCAACAACGGCACUGACCGGCAGAGAGGCUAGCUUGACAAACAACCCCUACUCCGGUGACUUAUCCAAGUUCGGUCGCGGCGACGCGUCCUCGCCGGCCCCCGCCACCACGCUGGCGCAGAAUCAGCAGCAGAACCAGACGCAGACGCACCACUCGACCCAGCAGCCCUUCCUCAACCCGGCGCUGCCGCCCGGUUACAGCUACACCAGCCUGCCCUACUACACCGGCAUGCCGGGCCUGGCCAACACCUUCCAGUACGGCCCCGCCGUGUUCCCGGUGGCUCCUACCUCGUCAAAGCAGCACGGAGUGAAUGUCGGCGCGUCGGCCACGCCCUUCCAACAGGCCAGUGGCUACGGUUCCCAUGGAUACAGCACCGGCUAUGAGGAUGUGGGCCAGGCUUCAGGGAGUGGGGAUUUCUGUAAGGGCGGAUACGGCAAUGCCGUGGCCGCCGCCGCCGCUGCCGCCGCCGCUGCUGCCGCCGCCGCCGCCGCUGCCCAAAACAAACCGGCCAACUCUGUCAGCGGGCCCGGCGUUGGAGUGUCGGUGACCUCGAGCAAUACCGGGGUGCCUGACAUUUCAGGCUCAGUUUACACCAAGACUCAGCAGUCAUUUGAGAAGCAGGGUUUCCACGCCGGCACUCCCACGGCAUCUUUCAGCCUCCCUUCCGCGCUGGCCGGCGGCGGCCCCAUCAACGCCCCGGCCGCAGCGGGCUACGCCCCGGCCCCCUUCAUGCACAUCUUGGCGCCGCACCAGCAGCCCCACUCCCAAAUCCUACACCACCACCUACAGCAGGACGCACAGAGCGGUAGUGGCCAGCGCAAUCAAACUGCGUCCAUUCAGCAAAAGUCUCAGAUCAACAAGUCUGCAUACAACAGCUACAACUGGGGGGCCAACUAACAUACACCGGCGGAGCCGUGGACUCCCACCGACCACCUCGCUCGCUCACAGAAGCUGUGAAUGAGCGAGGGAAGAAGGAAGGGAGUGGUCAGGGCUCAUCUCCUGAAAACCAAGAUCGUGGCCAAGGUUUCCUCCUGCUGAGUUUUCCCCCUGAUCUUCCUUCUCGUCCUCCUCCUCCUUUUCAUCCCUUUGCAAGGAUGUCCUGGCUUGGAAAUGGGAGGGGCUAAAUGAUUAUGAAAAAACAUGAAAUGACUUAUGAAGUGUAUUGUGUUAAGUUCAGCAUCCUUUUCCUUGGAUAACAGAAAAAUGGUUUCCUAAAACGAGUGAGUGUUUCCCCGUAUGGUUCUUUUGUGUUCUUGUUUCCCCCCCCACCCCCACCCCCUUCUUACUAAUUGAGAGGAAUGAAGUAAUGAUGGAUGGUGGCGAUGGAGGGGUGGGAGGGCUGCUUUUCUAUUCCACCCCCCCCUGCACAAAAUGUUCAUUGACUUGAUUGCUGUUUGGUUUCUCCGCCAACCCCCUAUUUUAUGUAGUUUUUAAGUUGGAAGAAACAAUUCUCUGAAUUUGGUAGAGUUGUGAAGUUUAUUUUUUACUAAAUAUAGAUAGCUAUAUAUAAAUAUAUAAGUCAUCUGGCUUGGAGUGAGGACGUUUAUCGUGUGAUUGCGUGCAUGAUUGUGCACAAAGACAUGUCGGGGGAUAGGUUGUUGACUGCUUUAUUUUUUUGCCAAGCACAGACUUUUCAUAGUGUAUAAAACACAUGUACAGUAACUGUUACCGUAUGAAUAUGUUGUGUCACUAGUUAUUAAAGGAUUCUUCCCAAGGCCAAUCUGCACCCCAAUCUGCCUCAAUGAUACAGUAAUUUCUUCCCUUUGGGAGACCUCUCCAUGCGCCACCACCCCUCCCCUGAACAUUUGAAAGAAAACCUUACAGCAGGGGUGUCAAACUAAUUUUUGUCGCGGGCCACAUUUUAGUUACCGUUUCCCUUGGAGGGCCGUUUUGACCGAAACCAGAUCAAGAAGUCAAGAAUAACUGUUGGUUCAACUCUUGUUUAAGUUACCAUCACGAAAGGUUUGGUAACAAGAAAAUGCUUGGAAUAUCUCUAUUUAUUACAUGUGAGAAUUAAAAUUUUUGAUUGACAUUUUAGAAAGCAUCAUGGAACUUGACAUGUUUGAUCUGCUUUCGCGGUUCACCUAAAAUGUUGUGGCGGUCCAGAUCUGGCCCCCGCGCCUUGAGUUUGACACCUGUGCCUUACAGCAUCCAAUACUGAUGAAUUGUACUUUUUUUUUGGGUCGGUGAUUUUUCUUUUUGUACUGUGCAUUUUAAAACAUGUAAAUGAAAAACUUGUCUUGUACAUAUAAACAAAAGUACUGUAGUGCCUGUUUGUUCGCUUUACUCCCGCGCCGAUUCCUUGCAGAUAUUAAAGCCUUUUGUUCGAUUUUUAAAAAAAAUAUUUUGUAAAAUAUAUAAAUAAACAAGGAAAAAGACAUUUUCAUCAUAUUUGGGGAUGUGAAUGUCUUGAGGAAUCCA